GACCAUGACGUCACCAAGCCGUAUACUCAAUUACGUACCGCCAUCAUCAAACGCUGUAGUUUAUCCGAACAUGAACGACUGGAACAACUACUGAGCGGAGAAUCUCUCGAUGACUCUACCCCGUCUCAACUGUUGCGACGACUUUACAACAUCAUGGGGGACCGUAAAACUGAUGAAGCCUUGUUUAAACAGCUUUUCCUGAAACGCUUACCAGCCCACGUACAAUCGAUUCUCGCAUCCAGUUCAGAUCUUCCACUCGCUGGACUUGCCAGCACAGCAGAUAAGGCACCUGAAAUAGACAACGUUGUUUAUGUUAAGUUGAUUCGGUGCAGUGCACGUGAUUCGAGGCUAUGGUUCGCUCAACUUGAGGCCAUUUUUGAAUCGCGUCGCAUUACCUCCCAGAGCAGCAGAUACAACCAUGUGGUAGGAUGCUUACCAGACUUCGUUACCCGAGAAGUCACUGAAUUAACAUACAUCCGACCGUCCACCGAUCCGUAUGAUGCCCUCAAAAUAGCUAUCAUUUCUCGCAUUGCUUCCAAUCAUGAACAGAAUCUACCGAAGCUUCUCUCCGGUGUUGACGUCGGCGGUAAAACACCGUCACAACAUCUUCGCCACAUGACGCACCUGCAAGGUAAACAUCCGGUCAACGAUGCGGUUUUGAAAGAGCUUUGGCAACAAAACCUGCCUGUUGAAGUCCGUAAAGUCCUUUCUGUCACUGAACGGGAUUCUUCCCUAGCGAAGCUAGCCGAGGUGACCGACCGUGCCCAUGAAACAUGCAGGCAAUUCGUCUCAAACGUUCAGCAACCAUCCACUUCACAGUCUAACCUGGAGCUCGAGUUCAAUGCUAUGAAAUCUCAAUUUUCCGAGUUAUCCCUCCAACUGAAUGAAGUCACCAAACUCAUUGCCAUGCUCCUAAGCACAGCGACUAACCUGGCUGGUGCUACUGCCAUCGUCGUUUCGGUGAGCUGUUCGGUGCACCAGACCUUGUACAUUCGUCAGUCAAGCAGCGAAAUCGGGAAACUCCAUGGCCGGCCAGUAAUGGCGACCACUGCGACCGGCUCCUCUACUUGUCGCCUGCUCUUCGUGUAUGACCGCUCCAUAUCUUUGAGUUUCCUCAUCGAUACCAGUGCUGAGGUUAGAGUGAUCCCUCCUACACUCGAACGUCUUCGUCGACAACUGAAAGCCGCCAUUAUGGCUAAGCCAUCAUCGCAACUGUGGACCGAAUCGGUAUCAGUGACAUUACUUGGUAUUCGGAAUACCGUGAAAGAGGAUAUUGGUUGCACUCCAACCCAACUUGUCUAUGGGCAAACGCCACGUCUUCCCGGAGAUAUGGUAUGUGUAUCCAAACCCAAUGAAGAUCUCUCACCAUCGACAUACAUCAGUCGACUGCAAGAUCAUAUGCGUACUCAUUUGUCCGAACCCGCUGAUAAGGUCCUAGUCCGCUACAUAACUGUGAAGGAUCAAAUCCUCAAAUUUCAGCAUCCAAUCAGCGGCCUCUUCCCUUUAAACCCGAAAGACCCUCAGUGCAAAUUCAGUCACGUUCGGGAUUCGGUCUACUGUGCCACUGUCUUGUGGGCUCUUCAUCGAGCUUUUGCGCGUGUGGAUGACGAUGCCGGUAGACAUUACGAACUUGGUCAGUGCGCUGUAAAAUGCAUGCGAGGUAUCCUGAUUGGAUGGAUGCAACAGUCUUCCCGACUAGAGCAGUUCAAAAAAACGCAGAGUUCGGAAACUUGUCUUAGUUCCCGUUUGGACUAUGAAACAGGGGAGCCGAUCGUUGACCCGGAAUAUAAAAACCUGCAAAUGGAUUGCGUGGGUUUAUAUGUCAUUCAGUUGGCACAAAUGAUUGCCUCUGGUUUGCAGGUUGUAUACACCAGAGAUGAAGUCGCUUUCAUGCAAAAUCUCGUCUUCUAUCUGGAGCGUGCCUAUCGGAUCCCAGACUACGGUAUGUGGGAACGCGGAACCAAACAGAACCGAAACAUGGUAGAGUUAAAUGCCAGUUCAAUCGGGAUGGCCAAGGCUGCGUUGGAGUCCGUUUCCGGUCUCAAUGUCUACGGCGCCGAAGUGCACCACUUCUGGUUCCCUUUUCAGGGUAGUGAUGUAUCUCUGCUGCCAGCGCUCUGCUGGCCUGCCUACGGGGCCUCAAAAACUGAGCCUUCUGGGCCUGCACUAGAACGUUGUCUCCUCCGUCUGAAAGGUCAGUACGGCUUUCGUCGGUUCAACAGAGAUGGAUAUGCGACAGUGCUUGACCAGAACACUCACUAUCAACCCGGAGAACUAAUGAAGUUCACCGGAAUCGAGAGCGAAUGGCCAAUGUUCUUCGCGUACAUGGCGAUUGAACACUGUAUGAACGGUGAAUUGGAAAAGGCGAUGGAAUACGAUCGUUUGAUCCAGCCACUUUUGGUUCAUCCAGUGCCUGAAAGAUUUCCAUGGCUUCCAAAAUUUUUCUACGUACCUUUGGAUGACCUGGAGAGGGAGCGAAAAGCCCGAGGCUCGGUCGUACGCAAAAGCAGUUUCCGCUUUCCCGGAGAGUCUUUCUUCUUGUGGGGCCAGUCGGUCUACAUAAUUUCGCAGCUCCUGAUUCACGGCUGUUUGACUCCAAGCGACUUGGAUCCACUAGGACGGUGCCCAGCCUGGAGCAGUAAGCUUGGUGCUCUACCUCAUUCGUCUUCUAUCUUGGUGGACAAACCUUUGAACCUGACGAUUCAAGUGGUACUAAUUUCUGAAUCCGCCCGACUUCAACAAAUUCUGGCUACCUAUGGCAUAAUCACACAAACUCCAAUGCAAGUGGAGCCGAUCCAGAUUUGGCCUCCGGAUCAGUUGGUUCGCGUGGGAAAGUUCAUGGGCUGCAGCCAGAGUUUGGGAUUGACUGGUCGACCACCCAGGCCUGUGGGACAACUGGGAACCAGUCGGUUUUAUCGAAUCUCCGGAUUGACUGUGCUUUGCUAUCCUCUCCUAUUUGAAGCUCAGGAUUUUUACCUGUUGCACGACAUGAAGGUGGUGAUUGAUGAGGUUAAAACUGACUUCAGGUUUCUCUCAGACUGGUGGCGUCUCCGAGGACGGCCAACAUUUUGCUUUCUAAUCAAAGAGGAUAUGGUAAAAGUUGCUGGAUUCAACCAACUACUGCGUUUCUUGAUCAGCAUGAAAAAUGGUAACGUUCACGGAAUUCGCAUAGUUCUUGGCCGCGCACAGAAAUUUGUCUCCAGCGGUUGUGUGGAGCAUUUGGAUUUUCUGCCUUUGUGGACUGCUUCGGGGGACUAUUUUCAACGUCUGCGUGAAGUUGAUAGUGGACGUUCAUUUCGUAGCCUGGACGACCUUCCCAAAGAAGUCAGUGCAACCUGUUCGAGCCAGUUGAAGGGGCGAAACUCAGGCUCGGCCUACGUCAUGUCCGAUGCGGAAGUUGUGCGUGUAAUGCAUGCAAUGGAUCACACGCGUUUUCACGACCAUUCUGAGGAAGCCUUGGUUGAACGUGUCUGUCAUCCAGGAGACGAACCUUAUGCACUGGCUGAACGCGUUGCUGCGCUACAGGAAUUACUGGAACGUCAUGAUUUGGAUUAUAUCAUAGUUACUCCAGAGAAACGAUUCUCCAUCCGUGAUUGCCUCUCAGAUUUGUCCCGUCUGGCAGGCAUCCAGCAGGCUUGGUGUGUGGUUCGCCUGUGUGCGUCGUUGCUCGCUCAGUUUGUCAAUAGCCUGGCACCUUCUUUGUCCAUCAUCCUGGUUUGUGGCAAACAGAUCACGGUCGGUGUGGCACAGGGUCCCGAAGUGGUGGUAAACAAACCACUCAAUCCAAAUGAGCUUUACAAAUUGCUACGCGAAACUGUUUAUCCCGUGGAUCGCGUUCAGUUCUCGUUGCAACAGGAAUUAAUCUUAUGGGUCAGCAGCUUGCUCACAUCUGACAUGGAUUUGUUCAACGGGAUCAAAUUUAUUCGACUAGGAUGGCUUCUGGAGGCAAUGAAGCUACAAUUAGAGAGAGAAACGCUCGACCGCUUCCAAGACACAAGUGGUGACACGACCCCAACCGCAUCAAUUUCGGAUCCUGAUCGUAGUUUGAAUCUGAAUCAACGUAGUCUAGGAGCUUGCCAUUUGUAUAGCCUGCCGCCGUGUAUGGUGAAGGAUUUACUGUUUCGAACUCUGCGUGCUGGCCAGUCCUGUCCACAGUCACCCAGCUUGACGGACUCUAGUAUAACCACGGACAGUGCUAUGGAACCUUCAGUGCUUUCUUUAGCGCUUGAUUCACGUGCUAAACUUCGACGACAUCGCCUACGACGAAGGCCUGAAUUUAGCAGUCCAGGACCCAGAGACUCGACGCCCACCGAAGGACACCAAGGUGCUCCGAGAGUCUCAAAUGCACUUUUCCAAAGACAACUGGAUGGAUGUCUUGGUCGCGUACCGCCAACGUUUUAUGAAGCGGUUUAUAACAUCUUGGAACGGUCCCCACAUGGGGUUCUCAUAUGCAACCAACUACUCUCACAGAAACCGACUCUGACAGACAUGACUGCGUAUGACCUGAAUUUCAUCGAUGAAGUUGAGUGGCUUCUCCGACCAAUCGGCGACCCAGCUUACCGAUCUCUCUUUGUGGAAACGGUCAUGGUGAUUGCUGUGAUUCUGAAACGAAACAGCGAGCUGUCGUUCAAAGAUACAGUGGAUAUCAAGGUUUUCAUUCAAGAUGCAAUGAUUGCGUUCUCUGCGGAUCACCAUGGCCCAGAGUUUCCAAGCUUGAACCCAACAUUUCUUGUCAUAUUUAUAGAGAACAGAAAGUACUGGAAAGGAGAUGCAUCGAGGAUAGAGGAGUUUGAAAUCGCCGAAAUCAGUUCUUCCGGAGAGGUUGCUCACUUGGCAAUGUUCGUUCGACCCCCACCUCCGCCACUCGACUUCCCCUGUCUAGGCUUGGGCAACCUGACAGUAUCCCAGCCCUCGUGCUUCCUUCGGGUGGCAUGGCAGCUAGGCACCGAAAGGGCGCUACAGCUGAACGAUUAUAUUUAUAUAAUGUUCACGGUAACUAGUAGUAGCAAGUAUGACCCUAGAGGAUUUACCCAGUGGUAUGGUUGGCGCACUUUUACCAACACUGAAUUGUUGCCUGCUUGGGAUCACCUCAACGCAUUCGACCCACCUGCACAAAAACAAAAUGACAUGAUAGCCAAAGAUCCUCACUGGUUGCUGGGCUUUAUCCUGAUGGAUGGUUUGGUCAAAUCCCUAACUGCCAUACUGUACCGCUUUUGG